CCAGCAUUGUUACAACUGUAUCAUCUGGUUGCCAAUAGAAUGCUGUUUAGUUUUGAGGGGAGGGGUUUCGUGACUUCGAGCCUUUUUACAUGGGAAAGUCGGAAUUCGAGCCGUAGCCGUUGUGAUCAAAAUGAUAGUCAAACAGCAAGGUAUUUCUCGGGAAGGAUUGUGCAAUAUAGGCAUGCUUGAACAGAUUUAAUUGAACCCAAUCGCUCGCUUCAUGCAGCGAGGGGGGUAUGGCUGUAAGCAGAAUCCUACCCCUGUUGCUGUUCUGGGUAGCCUCAACAGUGUGUGACAGUCACAUCAAGCCAAGCGAAUUUCUCUGCAAUGAGGUGGAAAGAGGCAGACUGAGGAACCAAGCUGAGAACUUGUGCAAACGAAUGAAUAACUGCAGUGACCUGACCAAGCCUCUCUCUCCUGAAAUUCGGUUGCCUGAUGCCAGCAUACACAAAGAAACGUGGGAGAAGAUUCACUUUAAGGACAGAAUGGCUGAAGUCCUGCAGUCGCUGCGUAAUCUGGUGCAGGAUGUGGAGGCUGCCAGGGAGAGCAUGCAAUCUGGCUGUGGUUCCUCUCUACUAGAGGGAUUGGAACAUAACGCCAGGAACUACCAGGGAAUACUGACUCAUCCCAGCGUCGCUGUAGAGGUAGAACGACUACAUCCUGGGGAGACGACCAGACCACCCAUAAUCCAAAAGUCCUCUUCUAACAUUAAACAGAUCCUGAGGCAUUUUGACAACCUAUUAAAAGGCAAACUGGAAUUGCUCAUGAUGGAACUAGAUGUAAGCUGUCACUGAUUUCCUCUGAACUGUGGAACAGGAAAUAAGUGACAAAACAAGUGCUGUUUUAGUUUUGGGGAACUGCUUUACCAUGGGAAGGACUCACAGUACAUUGUUAUGGAAUUACUACUCCCUCUAACGGUCAGACUUUGAACUACACUGAUGGAGCAUGGCACCUGUUGAGACAUGGUGUACACAAUGGCAACAUAGAACAAUUAAUUCAUCUAUGUAUCUAAAUGCAUCAUGUUGUAGAAAUCACAACUGUACUAUCAUUUGUAAAGUUAUGAGAAACGCUAAGGGAUGUGGAUCAUAACCACUCCUACAAUAUUACACUCCUCCAGGACCAAGGCCUGAUGUAGUGCCUACAUAUUUCCUGGUUGUUUUUCUUCUCUUUGUUUUACUUUUAUGAUGUUAAUAUCUUAUUUUUAUUGUAUUCAACUGGUAUUUUCAAUACAGUUGAAAAUCAAGGAGGGAGUGACAAUAUCCAAGAUCGGGAAAGAACUGUGCAUAAAACUAUCCAUAAUUAUAGUCUACAAUUAUGUACAACUGAGUGAGCUAAGGAAUUUAUGCUCAAACUUAUGCUGAGGGCUGCUGUUAUUUUUCUUGUAGCUCAUCACAGUCAUCACAAAGGAUCACCACAUAGUCCAAAAUCAAAAAGUGCUUUUGUUAUAUUCAGCCAAUGUACAGUGGGUCUCUUAGUCUUCAAUGUCAGUUUUGUGGAAAUUAUGUAAGCCUACGCAUGUGAGCCAUCAAACUUUAAGGAAAUCCUAAACCUGACCAUAUACAGCAUGCAGCAAGCAUUCUGGGCUCUAUGUUCUGUGAAUGAUGUAGUUAUUAUCCAGUGUGAGUGUAGCAUCUAGUAAUUCUGAAUGUGAUCUCAUUUCAAAAGUUGGUGAAUGUGCCUUUUAGUAAAUGUGAGUCUGAGUUUUUGUAUCAUUAUCUCCAGUGUGAUUUUUCCUAUUUGCCACCCUUGGCCUCAGCUUUGUGCAAGUUUACAGAAGCCCUUGUCAGUUUACCAUCCUGUGCCACUGUCUGAAUACUUCUUUGUGUGUACCCAAUAAACAGCAAGGAAGCCAAAGA